UGAGGUAUAAAUGCAGAAAUAAGUUCAGCGUCAUCCAGUCUGGUCGUAGGCAGGACUGAGUCAGCCAGAUAAUGAUCGCCAUCGUUUUUGUGCUCCUGGGAGCUGCAGCUGCAGCACCUGUGGACGACAGAAUUGUGGGAGGCUACCAGUGCAAAGCCCACUCUCAACCCUGGCAGGUGUCCCUGAACAUCGGCUACCACUUCUGUGGCGGCUCCCUCAUUAAUGACCAGUGGAUCAUCUCUGCUGCCCAUUGCUGGCAAAACCCUUUUUCACAGAUUGCCAUCUUGGGUGACAACCACAUCUGGAUGCACGAAGGCACUGAGCAGUACAUGUCAGUGGAUGCCAUCUACUGGCACGCCAGUUACGACUACACCACCCUGGACUAUGACAUCAUGCUGAUGAAGCUGGCUCAUCCUGUCACUCUGAACAAUCAUGUCAAACCCAUCCCUCUUCCCAAAGCCUGUCCUACACCAGGGGACAUGUGCACGGUAUCUGGAUGGGGGAACAUUUAUUCUGAUGAUGUGUUCAACCCAUUUUACCUUCAGUGUGUGGAGGUUCCCAUCUUGUCCCAUAAGGACUGUGAUGCUUCCUACCCUGGAAUGAUUACAGAGCGCAUGGUGUGUGCUGGAUACCCGGAGGGAGGCAAGGAUGCCUGUCAGGGCGACUCCGGCGGCCCUCUGGUGUGUAACGGGGAGCUGCAGGGAAUCGUGUCUUGGGGUCAGGGCUGUGCUCAGCCUAACUACCCAGGGGUCUACACCAAAGUCUGUUCUCUGCUGCCCUGGAUCAAUGAGACUCUUUCUAGAUACAGCUAGGCUCUGAUCAGCCAUCGCAGAAGCUACACGAGGGACGGGGAAACAAAGCAGAGAGUGAAACCGAAGGAGACAGAGACAGCAGGUGGUUGUGGGUAACGUCAGAAAUAAAAAUGAGCAGGCAAGCAGCAAAGAAAGAUGAUGGUGUAGGAAAAGGAAAAGAAAAGAUGUGUGAGGGAAUGAUCAAUAAAACGUUUUUCAUGCA